UGAAAAGAAGAAGAAGCCGGAAGUAGUUUCGUAAAACAUGGCGGCUUCCCGGUCACCCUCAACACUCUCACAACUUUUAUCAUAACUUUCUUGUUUUCGACGUAAUUGAAAAAUAGAAAUAAGGACCCGGGUGGAAGCAGUAAGGAACCCGGUGUGAGUUGGGGGCUUUUGGCCCGAUGUGAGGAUGAGGACGGGCGGCGGAGCGUUAGGAGCCUCGCUGGCUUUCCUUCGCCUCCUUCCGCGCUGUGGCGUCCAGGCAGCGUGCGGCGGGGCGUCUGCAGGCCGGGCUUUGUGGUCUGCAGGCCGGGCACCGUGGUCGUGUAGGCGCCGCUCCUCGUCUGGACCCCCGUGGAGGCUCCUGUUCUUCGGCUCGGAUCAGUUCGCUGUGGAGUCUCUUAAAGUCCUCGAAGCUAACAGCAGGAGCUCCAAAAAGGAUGUGGUGGCGUCCCUGGAAGUGGUCACGUUGAGCGACGAUGUUCCCGUGUCCAAGUUUGCUGAACAGAAGUGCCUUCCGGUCCACAGAUGGCCGCUGGGCGACGUGGACAAGCGCUUUGACGUGGGCGUGGUGGUGUCGUUCGGGUGUUUGCUCCAAGAGAGACUCAUCGCCAAGUUCCCGCAUGGGGUUUUAAACGUCCAUCCUAGCCUCCUGCCGAGGUGGCGCGGCCCGGCGCCGGUUUUCCACACUAUCCUGCACGGAGACGCCGUGACGGGCGUCACCAUCAUGCAGAUCCGCCCACACAGGUUCGACGUGGGUCCCAUCCUGAACCAGGAACUCCAUCAAGUCCAGGAGAGGUGCACGGCUGAAGAACUCGCCAACAUCCUCGCCGUCAAAGGAGCUCAGCUGCUCAUGGACACGCUGAGGACGCUCCCUCAGAAGAUGGCCGACAAGCGAGAGCAGAGCCAGACGGGCGCCACAAUCGCGCCCAAAAUCAGCUGGUCUAUGAGUUGGGUGGAGUGGGAGGAGCAGACGUGCGAGCAAAUCGACUGCUUGUAUCGGGCAAUCGGAUCAAAGAUCCCCCUAAGAACCACGUGGAUGGGACACACCGUCAAACUGCUGGACUUCGUGGGAAAGUGUCACAUCUCCUUAGCAGAUCCCAGCAGGAAAUCCACGCCCGGCUCGGUGAGCUUCCAGAAAGAGUCCAACGUCCUUGCCGUUUGCUGCAAGGACGGAUGGGUGGGCUUCAAAGCGGUCAUUUUGAAGAAGCUUCUGACGGCGGCCGACUUCCACAACGGUUACUUGCACCAGACGCUGCAGCGGCACCAGACUCCGCCUCAUCAGGCCGCCGGGGGCGUGUUCUCCAGCAGGAGGGGCGGGACGGAGGCGCCUCACGGCGAGGCAGCACUGCAGAAGGACAAAAAAAACUAACCGUGUUCCCUGACGAGCAGUGGGCGGGGCAUCAGGGAACGUCAUGUUAGUGACUUUAUUUAAGAGUCGUAAUAAAUUUACGUACUCGCCGCAAGGACACAAAUGUUUGGGUUUUUUUUUACCUGUAGGAACAUUUCAAAUCUGGGACAUUAUGUGAUCGUGCGUAGUAUAUAUGUAUAAUAUAUUAAAUACAUAUAUAUGCAUACUUGCCAACCCUCCCGGAUUUUCCGGAAGACUCAUGAAAUUCAGCGCCUCUCCCGAAAACCUCCCGGGACAAAUUUUCUCCCGAAAAUUUCCCGAAAUUCAGGCGGAGCUGGAGGCCACGCCCCCUCCAGCUCCAUGCGGACCUGAGUGACGUAUAUAAAGAGCGUGUCUGACCAAUGACGUUAUGACUGUAGAAUGAUCGAGGGUGAGUUCUUGGUUUCUUAUGUGGGUUUAUUGUUAGGCAGUUUCAUUAACGUCCUCCCAGCGCGGCAACAACACACAACAACAGCAGCCCGUUUUCGUCUACCAUAAAGCAGUUUGUCUGCCUUAAACAGCAAUGUUGUGAUACUCUUAAUCAGGACAAUACUGCCAUCUACUGUACAUACAUAUGGUUAGAAAAACAAGGAUGGACAAUUCAACCCUUAACUCAACAAUGAGUAGAUGAGUAAAUAAAUGAACACUGAAAUUCAA